AACUGGCGUCGUAGUACUGAUUAGCCCCGAUGGAGUCAACCUGAUUUUGUCAACCUCGCGUUCGCAAAUUACCUCGGGGUUAAGUCUGAUUUGGUUAACCCCCCUUCGUAGUAUAGGUCACUGAUCUGAAAUGAAACCAUAAGUGUCAAAGUUCCCCCCCCCCGCCCAAAUCAUUGAAUAUGGGUGUGGUUUUAGCUGACUGGCAGGUUAAUCACAAACACUGUGUGCCACCUUAGUUGACUGGUGCUGCAGCAUUCCUUGAUCUUGUUUGAUUUAUUUGGAUACCAGGUUUUGUAACAAACAAAAACACAUCUACCGAAAACAACCCCAAACUAAGUUAGUCCUACGUGAACACAACAAAAGGGUGAAACGAAACAACAAAAUCUCCCUAACCAAACAAACAGUAAUUCUUCACGACUCGCAAAACAGAAAGGCAGUCACUCCUGUACCUUGCGUUCAUUGGAUUUUCGACUCGGAAACAAAAAUCGGAAAACGAAAAAUGACAAGAAAAAGGGGCGAUUUCAUUAUAUUUUAUCACCCGAUUAGAAUUUUGGGUCAUUUCCUGUUUUCAGUGUUUAACACAGGUCCCUAAACAAACAAAUACAAUAUCCAAUAAUCCCAAAUAUGAAAACCAGAUUAUUUUUCUAUUAAGUUUUCAAAAGUUACGCUGAGGGUCGCUCAGUGUGUCGCACAUCGUGAGACGUAAAAGUAAGAAUCUCACAGCACAGGACUGGAGGCAAGAUAAUUAAGGAGAUGCUAAAAAAACCCCACACAUAUGCAGAUAUUUCAGCUACGCUGUAUCAAUUAGGCGUACAGAGGGGGUCCUCUGAAAUGAGUGUCCGGAGAUUCUGCGCGGAGCACAACUUGAGACAAAGAGGUCUUGUGUCUGACACCUGUUUGGAAAUUGCCAUUGACAGGAUCAACCUAUGGUCGGAAAAUGAUGACCGGUUACCUGUCCUCAGUGGGAGUAUGUGCUGGAGAACUCCGUGUAGGAAGCAUCUUAAGGACUCUGCAUCGUCCUUAUCACAAAUUACGAAGAUGUGGCGCACGGAACCUGAAUCCCAUACCCUAUUAUGCUGCAUACGUGGGACACAAACUCCACUUAGAGUUUCCCAUGCAACCAUGCCAGUAAAAAAUAAUCUCCUCAUAUAUGAGCACGUGUACAGACCAGCAGUCCUAAAAUAUGGAAUGUGGGACCAGGUCAGGGUGGACCAUGGCAGGGAGUUCUACUUGACUCUGUACGUGCAGGAGAUGCUCUCUGAGUACAGGCAUAACUUGGAAAGGCAACCAUAUUGCCAAACUCAGUCAACAAAAAAUCAUACAAUAGAAGGAAUGUGGCCAGAGAUUAGUAAAUUACCCACUAAAGGAGGCUCUCGUGCAGCUGCUGGAUCAAGAAAUAAUAGACAUGGAUAACAUUACAAGAUACUGUAUAUCUAAUUUGACUGGAGAGCUGUGCAAAAUUGGAGUGGAAAGAAUUGUACAGGCAUGGAAUGCACACAGAAUCCCAGGCAGAAGAAUUCCAAACAGUUUGGCAGAUGGGGGCUGUCCUAAGAAAAUUGGAGAGAGCCUACUGCCACAUGCCUCCCAGGCAGCAGACCUGUACCAGCAGGACAUUGGCUCGUCACUGACGAGAGUCUCUUGCUUUGGCAAAGACCCCUUUUCAAGUGAGGAGGAAAAAUUGUCAGCAGAGGACCGUUUUUCUGAACACUAACCUGACAUUUCCGUUUUGUUUGAUAGUCGUUAACCAUAGCAACGGUCCAUUCCAGGAUGCACUUUUACAUCUAAUAAGAAUUACCCAACAAUAUGAAUAAUCACAAAAUGUAAACUUUAAUCAGUAAUUUAAUCUGACUGAGCAUGGCAGUAAACUGAAAUUUUGACUUUUCAGAAGUUUGUACUGUUUUGUACUGACAGCACCUACAAAUAGAAUCAAAUACCAUAUUGCACUUUAAAACACUGAAUAAAAACCAACGAAAGCUCACUGAGCCAAA